AUAAAUGAAAUCUUUCUCCUACAUAAUCUGUGAAUCUUCUUUCCAUGUUUACACUGUUAAAAAAGCAACUUCAACUAAUCCCGUUUUAAAUACAAGUUAUCUACUCUCUCUUAGCCAUAACAUAAGAAAAGUUUCUUUGGCUUUAUAACUUUUUUAUUUUAUUUUUUUGUAAUGGGAAACGAAGCAGCACUAAGAUCAUCUAUGGUAGGUCUUGCAGUGGUGAUGGUGGUGAUAUGGUUAUGGACACAGUCUUUAAAGAAGACUGUUGUUACUUAUGCCGUCGGUAUUUCGCUUAUCGGCGGCAUACUUUUGCCGGAUUGGGACUUCUUUGAUCGGAGUUUCUCUCGGUGGGGAUAUCCUGUCACCGCCGAGGAAAGAGCCGCCGCUCUAGCCCGCAAAUCUCAUCCUUCAAGGUUUAGAGUGUACCCUAUGAGGAUGGUUAUAUACGGUACGGUCUAUGGAUAUGCAGUGUAUAGGUGGUGGAUGUUCGUGUCAAAUUAUUGAAGCCAUAUUGUAUCACUUUGUCUAUCUUUCUGUAUGGUUUAUAUUGAUUAACAAAAAGACAUUUUUUCUUGAGAAA